AUGUGUCCCACGGUGUUCCAAUGUGUCCCAUGGUGUUCCAAUGGUCCCACGGUGUUCCAAUGUAUCCCCAUGUGUCCCACGGUGUCUCAAGGUGUCCCACGGUGUUCCAAUGUAUCCCCAUGUGUCCCACGGUGUCUCAAUGUGUCCCACGGUGUUCCAAUGUAUCCCAUGUGUCCCACGGUGUCUCAAUGUGUCCCACGGUGUUCCAAUGUAUCCCCAUGUGUCCCACGGUGUCUCAAUGUGUCCCACGGUGUUCCAAUGUAUCCCAUGUGUCCCACGGUGUCUCAAGGUGUCCCACGGUGUUCCAAUGUAUCCCCAUGUGUCCCACGUCUCAAGGUGUCCCACGGUGUUCCAAUGUAUCCCCAUGUGCCCACGGUGUCUCAAGGUGUCCCACGGUGUUCCAAUGUAUCCCCAUGUGUCCCACGGUGUCUCAAUGUGUCCCACGGUGUUCCAAUGUAUCCCCAUGUGUCCCACGGUGUCUCAAUGUGUCCCACGGUGUUCCAACAUAUCCCCAUGUGUCCCACGGUGUCUCAAGGUGUCCCACGGUGUUCCAAUGUGUCCCACGGUGUUCCAAUGUGUCCCACGGUGUUCCAAUGUAUCCCCAUUGUCCCACGGUGUCUCAAGGUGUCUCAAUGUGUCCCACGGUGUUCCAAUGUGUCCCACGGUGUUCCAAUGUAUCCCCAUGUGUCCCACGGUGUCUCAAGGUGUCCCACGGUGUUCCAAUGUAUCCCCAUGUGUCCCACGGUACUGCUUAGAUUCUGCACUGAAACCCUGAUAUAUUUCAACAGGGUUUCGCAAAAGGUGAAGCCCUAG